UUCAGGUACACGCGCGUUUUAGUAAAACCUUUCAAAAGCAAAACAAGGUUUUGAUGGACGUCAAUCAUUUCGUUUCCAUAGUAAUCAACACGUUCUUGCAUAAUUUUGGCGCGCUUUAUCUAGCUUCKUUUCAGUCGUUUCCACUAAAUGUGCGAAAUGUCGUCCUUUCAAAAAUUUCUUCACGAUUUUGCUUUCGAUAUUGAUACCUGCACAAUGGAAAGCGAAGAGGUCAUACCAGCACCCAACCUUCCAGAUUGGGAAGAGACACAGAUCAUUGACAAAGAAGACGAACAAGUAAGUUUCUAGAGCAAAUAUUUCUUUGUGAAAACCCACGCGGUGUUUUCUCGUAGUGACCGAUGUAGACAGUUUCAUAUCUCUCGAUUCUCCAAAAAACUCACGUUUUUGCACAAUUCUUUUGUUUAUCUUUUGCUCAUCUUCUUAUUUGGAAGUUACUUAGUCCCCUAACACAUAGAACAAAGGAAAACUAAAUGAAAUCUAUUCAAAUUUUAUGCACGUCGAUUUAGCCUCUCGAAGUGGUAGGAUAAGUGAGAAUCGUUCUAAAUUCCUUUCAGCGUGAAGUUGCACUUUAUCUUUCUACAAAAAAUGGUCGCGUUGACGGUGCCGAGUGUACCCCAUUUGUACUGCCCAGAAGAUGGACUUACGAUACAUUGCUAGCUUGUGUCAAGGAUUAUAUCAGCAGAACAACCACGAAUGAUGCACCUGUAAACAUAGAACAGUUGUAUUACAAGAAGUCGAAGGGCAAAGCUGUUGUAAAGAUAAGUAAYGACAGCCACAUCCCUGCCUUGAUUCAAGAAUAUCCGUUCUGUUACCGUAAUGGUAAAAAGAAGAACUCUACAAUGUACCUAGCUGUUGACUUAAAAAAAGCCCAACCUACACCACGUYGUUCUCCAAGGGUUCUUGCUCGAAGUACCAUGGAUAUAUUUCUACAUGAAAUAAAUAAAGACAUGAAGGUUUCAGCUGAAGCAGAGAUAGUACAUAAAGUAAAAUGUGACACUACCUACCAAGAUUUAGUCACCAUACUAAAAACACAUGAGAAUCAAGAUAAGAUCUACACCCCUUCAAAAGGCYUUUACUAUUUGAGAAAAGGUACAAAACAGCUGGUGAGCUUGAAACAAGACGAUGACCUUGAAAAGUGCAAAGAGGAGUAUGCAUGCAAGCAACUAAGAUUGGCCUGUUAUGUGGUGCAUAUGAAUGAUACUGAAGAUUCACUGACAUCUAAAAGAAAGAGAAAAUUGGAGUUUUCUAGUAAAGAAGACAAUGAAAUUUGGAAUGAAACCCAUGUGAGUUUAGUAGCUGAUCUUGAAAAACGAGGCACACUCUGGAGAUAYGGCACACAGCAUCUAAAACUGUGGACUGACAAGAUUAUUGAGGGCCAACUAGGAGGGUCAAAUGAAGAGCCAGAUUGGGAAAAAUACAGUGACCAGMUCACUGUACCCYCUAAGAGCAAGAGAUCAAGACCAUUACAAACACCCUCAAAUUCUCCCCCAGGCCAGAUUACAGAUACUACUGGAAGCAUGAUUGAAAUGAUGAAAAUGAUGCAACAACAGAUGUUUCUGAAUUUAUCGUUUGAAACGGGAAUGAGAGACGAUAUUUUAGCUACAAACCUGCGUCCAACUCUGCGCACCCCUCAGCUAACAGACGAACAAUUAGUGAAACAAGUGGAUGAGCUGGCUUCCCAUCAUUUAGAGCAAAGAAACAAGCUCACCACAGAGCGACAAAAGAGCGCAAAAGUGAACGCCUGCGCCACCACCAACGAUCACAAGAAUUAUGUUGCAGUCCCACGACCACUUUAUCCCGAGGUGAAAGCUUACAUCGAAGAUCUCCUCAACAGGCAAUUCAUUCGACCAUCUAAAUCCUCUUAUAGCUCACCAGUGGUCUGCUUGUGCUACUCAAGUCGCCUCGAGUACGCCGUUUACUUGGAAGCCUGA